CACUGUUUGAUCAAAAUGUAACGAUAAGAUCUUGGGAAAAAAGAUUCCUUCUUCCAUUUCUAUGAUAAAUUGACAAACCAGAAGCAAAAGCUGUCCUUGACAGUGUCAUCCUUAUGCGUGACAAUUCUUAAUCCACCUCCCCACUCCACACAUACGAUUUGGUUGGUAGUGAAUUCGAAACUUCAAUCGCUAUCAAUGGCGUCUUUGUGGCCCCUUUCAAUUUCUAUGCUUGUGAGGGUUGAUUGUAGAAGAUGCCAAGACCUGGGCCAAGACCAUAUGAAUGCGUGAGGAGAUCUUGGCACAGUGAUCGUCAUCAAUCCAUUAGAGGUUCAAUCAUUCAGCAGAUUUUUAGGGUCGUACAUGAAAAUCACAGUACUUCUACCAAGAAGAACAGAGAAUGGCAAGAGAAAUUGCCUCUUGUUGUUUUGAAAUCAGAGGAAAUCAUGUACUCAAAAGCUAAUUCAGAGGCUGAAUACAUUGACCCUGAUACACUAUGGGACCGAGUAAAUGACGCCAUUAACACCAUAAUCAGGAAAGAUGAAAGCAUCGAAACCGGUGAAUUCUUGCCCCCUUGCGUUGAAGCGGCACUUAAUCUUGGAUGUGUUCCUGAAAGAACAUCAAGAAGCCAAAGAAACAGCAACACCCGAAGCUAUUUAAGCCCAAGAAACCAAGCUCCUGAUGCUAAAUCGCCCAAAACUAUCGACACUCGAAAUCAAAUACAAAUUUCCACUUCUGGUCCCUCGUUUUAUCCACCAUUAAUGGAAAAUCAAGCUUCUGUAGCUUCAUCUUCGGUGUACCCAUUAUACUAUGGCGUCCAUUUUCAACCUCGAAACCCGAUAACGGGAUUUCAGACGACCCAUGAAGAUUCAAACCGGAUAAUCGUCGGAAAACCGGUUUUCCAAACGGGUCAUGAGCGUUUGCCGCUUCCGUUUACGAAUUUCUCUGGGUUUAAUCUAAAUAAAACCGUUGGUGAAGAACAACAACCACCAUCGUCUCCGGUUGAAUGUGAUUUAUCGCUAAGAUUGGGUCUUGUUUCCAGUAGCUACGGAUGCGGAAAAGGUUUGACUUUGGUCAAUGAUGUUGACUCGGGUCAGAAGAAGGAGUUCUCUUUCUUCCCGUUGAAUUCAGAGGGUGAACAUGUUGAGAACUUGGCGGCGGAUGUUAGGAAGCGGAAGGCGGCGGCGGCGGCGGUUAAUAACGCUGGUGGAGACGGUGGGAGGCGUUGGUGGCAAUUAGAGCCUGAUAUCAACCAGAAAAGAAGAGGUCUGUAGAUAAUUUUUUUGGUUUUAUUUUAUUUACUUUUGCCAAUUUUGAGAAAAAAUAUUAGUAGAAAUCUUGAUUAUGCAUGAGUAAUUGUGUUUUAAAGUGUUAAAAAAGAGUCCUAAAAUUGCUUUUUCUUUUACGAGUCUAUAACAAGUCAAAGUAGCGCAUUCAUAGA